AAAAUCUCAUAAUCUGAUUUUGUUACUAUUUGUUUUGAAUUCUCCCUUUACCUCCUGUUUCAAUCUAACAUGAACCUUGUUCCAAUCUUAAAACCCAUAAAAAGACCCGUCCAAAAUACUCCUAGAGUCUAGUCCUGUCUUCAUCUAGCCACCAUUUUUGCUCUUGUAGCAAACAAGUUGGCCGGUCCCGCGAUUAGUGCUUUGGACCCCGGUUCCCAACCAUUACUUUGCUCGCAAGAGUUACUGGGUUGUGUGGAAAUUACCGCUGUUAUUAGUAACUGGAGGACUCGUGUUGUUCACUUGAUGGGAGCAGCGCUUAAAUAUCCAUGCGCUGUAUGCUCUGUAUUCGUAUUCCGGCGUACCUUGCGCAAAAACAACAGUUCCGAAUUCCCAUGCCUCAGCGCCGGACUUGUCUAGUCUUGUCCUCUGUUGUGUUUUCUUAUCAUUCAGAGAAUACUCUGAGCAAAAAGGUGUACCACGAGGAUUUGAUUAUGGGUCUCAAGACCUCAAAGAUUGUCUGCUAACUCUUUGUUAUUGUGGGCUUCUGGUUCUCUAAAUUGACACAAGACUAUGUUUUGAGAUGUCCAACUCUGAGUUUUUGAAAUGUAUCAUUGAAUGGAACAUGACCCACUAUAUGAAAUAAAGCAUUGGAGUGUUUCUUCAUGUUGCUUCAGAGGCUGUUUGAGCGGUAAACAGGGUGUGUAGAGGAAUCAGAUGUUUUAAAAUUGCAGACAAUUGGUUUUGGUCCAAUAGAGUCUCAAUAAAAUUCGCUCUGGAUAUGGGGCUUUCUGGAUAAAUCAAAUAGGGAAACAAAGCAAUUGGGGGAAAGAAUGUACGAUUCUGAGCCAAGUGUGAGAUGGGUUUGAAGGGUAGCGGUGUUGAUUCAGUGAAGGCGUCUAAAGAGGCGGAAGAGAUGAAAAAGGGGCAGGAGGUGAUAUUAAUAGGAUUCCAUCCUGAGCGGGGAGGAGUGGAGUUAAUAGCAUGGACAAUCAAAGCCGCGGCUGGAGCCGGAGAUGUCGUGAUUGUCCUUAUCGUUUGCGAUCCUUCAUCCACUCUUUUAACAGGGGGCGUUAGAAGUGAUGAAGAGCAGGAGUACGGUGUGGAGAAAUGUGUGGCGGAGAGCAAAAGAAGUGGCAUUAGAGCUCAGCUGCAACAGUUGAGGCAACUCAGUAAACAGAAACAGAUUCAAAUGGAUAUUAAGUUUGAGGGAGGCCACCAUCCAGAGGAGGUAUUGGUUGAACAGGCAAAGGCUCUAAAUGCCUCCACUCUUGUCAUUGGCACGUCUGAUCGUUUCGUUUCAUGGCGGAAAAGGAUGAAAUCAAACUAUUGCAUAAGAAAUGCACCUGCGAGGUGUUCUGUCAUCACAGUGAAAAGUGGAAAACUUGUGCAUUUAAAAAAGAAUCGCAUGGAUGUCCCAAGUGAUUCCUCUUCUUCAUCUGCUGAAGCCAUACAGGUUUCUGUGCAGAAACAAGAUUCCGAGGACAAUUUGCAGGAGCAAGCUUUAACCUUAUCUAAUGUAAUCAAAGACAAUUUCAAUGUUAUUGGAAAAGAAUGCCAAAAAGACUCAGAUCCAACAGAUGAAACUCCAGAGGGAGCAUUUGUGAAACAAGAAACGAGGGAAGAUCAGCCCUUUGAGGACGUGCCAAUGCCUUCUCCUUCCUCACCUGAUGUUGUGGAAAUCUUUUUUGAUAUGAAUGAUGAUGAUGAUGAUGAAGAAGAAGACAAAGAAGUUGGAGGACAAGGACACAAAAUCUUUUCUGAGCAAGCCAAAGAAAGUUUAACCAGAGGACUGGUUGAGGAAGAACAAGGAGAAGAUCAUCAUCAAACCCAUGGAGAUUCAGAAACAUGCUUGUCGACCUCCCCAAAUGUUUUACAAGUAUACUUUGAUGCUAAUGAAGAAGGAGAAGAAGAAGAUGAAGAUGAUGAAGGAGGAAACUGCAAAACUUGGUGUGAACAAACAGAAACAGGGAGAAGUUCGCCCAGAGGAGUUCUGGAAAGAUCAGUAGCAGCAUGUUUGGAUUCAGAUAGCAGUUCUUCUCCCACAAGUAACAGUAAUGAUUCAUUUUCAGGGACAGGGAAGGCGAUUAUCACGUCCCCCUCAGAUUCACAUUGGGAGAAUGAAAAAGGACACGGCCGCAAGAGCUCUCAAUGGCGGAACUUCUUGAGGAUGUGGAAACAGGGAUCAAUGCGUCGAUUAUCCACUUUUCCUCCACGAAGUGGGUUUAGGCUUCCUCGGCACCGUAGUAGUUCUGGCGAUUUCCAUUCAAGGACUGAUUCCUUCUCUCAAAGCAAAGAUAAUCAAUCUUUCUGUGAUCAGAUUUUGACUUUGGAGAAACAUUUGACAGAUAUAACUUCAAAGCCAUCUUGGAAGUGCUUUUCACUUGAGGAACUUGAAUGUGCUACAAAUAAUUUCAGCCCAGAUAACAUAAUAGGAAGGGGUGGGUAUGCAGAGGUAUUCAAAGGAUACUUAUCCGAUGGACAGAUUGUGGCUGUUAAGAGACUUAAUAGGGGUAACACAGAGGAGCAGAAGGUUGGUGAUUUCUUAUCGGAACUCGGAAUCAUUGUGCACAUCAAUCAUCCCAAUGCUGCUUGCCUCAUUGGCUUUGGCAUUGAAGGUGGAUUACAUAUCGUUUUAAAAUUUUCUCCUCAUGGAAGCUUAGCAUCAAUGCUUCAUGGUCCAAACCCUCAACAUCUGAACUGGGAUAUUCGGUACAGAGUUGCUGUUGGCACGGCUAAAGGCCUUCUUUAUCUGCAUGAGGGUUGCCAAAGACGGAUAAUUCACAGAGAUAUCAAAGCAUCCAAUGUUUUACUAACAGAAGAUUUUGAGCCUCAGAUUUCAGAUUUUGGACUCGCAAAGUGGCUCCCUAAGCAAUGGACACACAUCACUGUCACACCCAUUGUGGGCACAUUCGGUUACCUUGCACCAGAGUAUUUCAUGCAUGGGGUUGUAGAUGAGAAGACAGAUGUGUUUGCAUUUGGGGUGUUGCUUUUGGAGCUCAUUACUGGACGUCGUCCGAUUGACUCUUCCCAGAAAAACCUUGUGAUGUGGGCAAAGCCAUUGAUUGACAGUGGGAACUUCCAAGAGCUUGUGGACCCAUCCCUGGGUGAUUCAUAUGAUAAUCAUCAGCUCAAUGAUAUGGUCAUGACAGCUAGUCUAUGCAUUCAGCAGUCUGCUCUUCUUCGUCCUUGCAUGGCUCAUGUUCUGAAGCUUCUAACAGGAGAAGGGGACAACUUAGAAAAUACAGACUGUGGGAGGACGCCAAUAUCAGAGACUUUAUUUCUCAUGGGAGGCUCUGAUACAGAAGAUUAUACAUCCACUAGAUACCUUAGUGAUCUGAACCGUCAUAGGGAGAUAGCUUUGGGGCAAUAGAAAUCAACCUCCUCUUUUAUUGUAAGUUUUAUGUUUGUAACGUGCCCAGUAUGCAAUUUUCUUCUCUUACUACAUAAAAAAAUGUCAAUACACUAAAAUGGAAAGAGUGGAAUCCAAGAAUAUGCAAUUGUUUUGACAUGAGGUUUUGAGUUUUGGUAAGAUUGUACCAUAAGCUUGUAAAGUAUUUCUCAACCAGGCUACUUUCAUUGGGAAGAAUUGGUCAGAUGUUCUCAAUGACAAUUUCAGUAGAAAUAUGGAUGUAUUAAUUUAUA